CCCUGGCCCCGGGGCGGCCUGGGGGGGCGGUGAGGACCCGGCGCGGGUGGACCAUACCCGGGACCAUCUGGUGCGGAGCCGGAGACUCGGCGGAGAGCUUCACUGAUCUCGGCAUAUUUAAUCAUACGGACACUUGCUGCCGAGAGCACGACCACUGUAAACAUAAACUGGCCGCCUUUGAAUAUAACUACGGAAUGCGAAAUUUCAGGCUGCACACUAUAUCCCACUGCGACUGCGAUUACAGAUUCAAGUACUGUCUGCUACAACUCAAUGACACAGUCUCCACCCUGGUGGGCAUGGCUUUCUUCAACCUUCUGGAGAUCCCCUGUUUCACUCUGGAAAAGGUAGAACAGUGCGUCAGGUGGACCUGGUGGGGCAGCUGCAAUGGGACUGGGCUGGUGGCUAGAGCCAUGUUACGGUCAACGUUCAGAUACAACUACACACACCCACUGCUGGAUGAGAUACGGUUGGGCUGGUGGCCCACCACUAACCUCAGCGGAGGCUCGGGGUCCGGCUUGUUCUCCGAGAUGUCUCCCCCUGUUCCUGUCACCCACUGGCAAACCCCAACCGCAAAGUCACCAAAGCUUAAAGGCAAAGGCAGAAAGAAGGGCAGAAAAGGCAAAGGUCAGCGGAGGAAGAACCUCAAAGCUCCUUCCCAAAACGCUUUGGAGACCAGGCUGUACGUUUGGAGUCCAGGGGUCCGGGUGGAGACCACCGGCUCCCCUCGUAUUAGUGGCUCCGACUCUGUCACUAACCGUUCGGCUGAAACUGUGAACAUGGGAGUGAUCACCACCACCAUCGAAGGGCAGCAAUUCACCAGCAAACACAACAUCCCCUCCACCAUGUCCCAGAGAGAGGGGACAGAAAGCCGCGUCGCUGACCUGGGAAGGCUCCUCUCCAGCGGCUUUGAGGAGCACAGCAACUCAACACCGCCCACGCCUGCCGGGCACUGGGGUCAGGUCGACAACACAGGCCGCCCCAUCCCCCAACGCCCUGGUCUCAGCCCGAACCCGCCUGACAAACACGGCGGCUACAAACGCUGCGGCUGUUACAAACGGCUGGACCGUUGCGAGCACAAGAUCGAGCCCAAACAGUUUAAAUUCUAUUAUCACAACCUGGAGCCCAAAACAGUCUACCACUGCAACUGCACCAAGAGGCUGGUGAAGAGGAUGAAGAAAGAAGGGAAUCCUGAGGCGCUGCAGGCGGUACUGUCAGAUUUCGUGUCCCUCAGCUGUUUCUACUUGAAAGAACCGAAGGGAGAGUGCAGCGAGGAGGGUCGCAACCUCUGUGUGCAGCCUCUCUCCGCGGUGGCGGUGCUAUCCAGAGCCAGGCAUCUCCGCAGGGCACUGAAGGUGCGCAGGGCAGCAAACGAGUCCCGGUAUCCGGCGCUGGCCGAGCGAGAGGGGAGCAGGAACGGCACCAGAGUCAUUAACCUGUACCACAAGUGCUUACAAGCGAUUCAGGCUUCGAGAGUGAAGACUUAG